ACAUAUGUAGUAUGUUUAUAAUUUUUGUCAAUAAAGGAGGAUCGAAUGAAUCUUUAUUGAAAUAAAUCUUGUCGCCAAGAAAAGCCACGUAGAACUCGAGGAUAGAAGCUGCUGCAGUUUAUUAUGGCAUAUUUGUUAAUAGUGCGAGAAAGCUUAGUGUAUUAGAUAGAAGUCGGUGUGAUUGUGUCAUAAACAUAAGCGCGCGCUAGGCGUGAGCGGGUGUCGUGCUUAGAUGAGGUGGUGGCGGGUCGCGGGCUGCGGCCAGUGACGGCGCCAUGGAGAGUCACUCCGACUCGGAGCGCGAGCGAGCCGCGUCCGGCGACAACAGCGCUGCUGAGGGAGAUGGAGACCGAGGACGCUACAGCCUGAUGGUGCGGUGCGCGUCGCAGUCGUCGCUGGACGAGUCGUCGCAGCGCGCGGCGGCGGGUGCGGGCGGCGGCGGCGGCGGGCCCGCGCAUGCGCAGCGCCUGCUGGCGGCGCUGGCGCGGCUGCGGCGCGACGCGGCGCUGUGCGACGUGCGCCUGCUGGCCCGCGCCGACCCCGCCGCGCCGCCCGGCCCGCCGCUGCCCGCGCACCGCGCCGUGCUGGCCGCCGCCUCGCCCUACUUCCACGCCAUGUUCACGCAGUUCGACGAGAGCACGCAGCCCGAGGUCACCAUCCAGAACGUGGAGCCGCAGGCGCUGGAGACCAUCGUGGAGUACGUGUACGCGCCCGAGUCGCUGGUGAUCUCGGAGGACAACGUGCAGGGGCUGCUGGCGGCGGCGUCGCUGCUGCAGGUGUCGGGCGUGCGGGCGGCGUGCUGCGUGUUCCUGGCGGGCGCGCUGCAGCCCGACAACGCGCUCGGCAUCCGCGCCUUCGCCGAGCUGCACGCCUGCGCCGACCUCAGCCUGGCCGCCGCGCGCUUCAUCGAGAACCGCUUCGUGGAGGUGCUGGACACCGAGGAGUUUCUGGCGCUGGCGCCCGACACGCUGGCGCAGCUGCUGGACAACGACCGCAUCACGGUGCCCAGCGAGGAGGUGAUCCUGGACGCCGUGGUGCGCUGGAUGCAGCAGGCGCCGGGCCCGCGGGCGCCGCACCUGGGCGAGCUGCUCGAGCACGUGCGCCUGCCGCUGCUGGCGCGGGACGCGCUGGUGGCCCGCGCCGCCGCCGAGCCGCUGGCCAGCGCCGGCCUGCGCGUCAAGGACCUGGUCAUCGAGGCGCUGUCCUACCACCUCAUGCGGCCCGAGCGCCGCGCCGCCUGCGCCGCCGCCUGCGCCCGCGCCCGCCCCCGCCAGCCGCCGCGGGCGCCCAAGGCGCUGCUGGUGGUGGGCGGCCAGGCGCCCAAGGCCAUCCGCGACGUGGAGGCCUACCACCUGGACGCGGCCCGCUGGCGGCCCGCCGCCGACCUGCUCACGCGCCGCUGCCGCGCCGGCCUGGCCGUCGUGGGCGGCAAGGUCUACGCCGUCGGCGGCUUCAACGGCACCCUGCGCGUGCGCAGCGUGGACGUGUACGACGUGGGCGCGGACACGUGGGCCGCGGGCCCGCCGCUGUGCGCGCGGCGCAGCACGCUGGGCGUGGCCGUCAUCGGGCACGUCAUCUACGCCGUGGGCGGCUUCGACGGCGCCACCGGGCUCAGCUCGGCCGAGGCGCUGGACACGCGCGAGGGCGUGUGGCGGCCCAUCGCGCCCAUGUCCACGCGUCGCUCGUCCGUGGGCGUGGGCGUGCUGGGCGGCCGCCUGUACGCCGUGGGCGGCUACGACGGCGCCUCGCGCCAGUGCCUGCAGUCCGUGGAGCGCUACGACCCCGCGGCCGACGCCUGGGAGCGCGUGGACGACAUGGGCGCGCGCCGCUCGGGCUGCGGCGUGGGCGUGGUGGACGGCGCGCUGUACGCCGUCGGCGGCCACGACGGGCCCGCCGUGCGCCGCUCGGUGGAGCGCUGGGCCGGGGCCGGGUGGGUCGCCGCGCCGCCCAUGCACGCCGCGCGCCGCAACGCCGCCGUGGCCGCGCACCUGGGCCGCCUGUACGUGGUGGGCGGCGACGACGGCGCCGCCAACCUCAGCUCCGUCGAGGUGUUCGACCCCGCCGCCGGCGCCUGGGCGCUGCUGCCCGCCACCAUGUCGGUGGGCCGCUCCUACGCCGGCGUGGCCGUGGUGGAGCAGGCGGGCGCCUGAUACCGGCCCGGGGCACCGCGCACCCCCCCGCGCGGGCCCCGCGGGCCACCUCGCGAUACCCCGCCCGCCCAGCCAGACCCGGGGUACGCCAACGUGGGCAUGUACGGCGGCGCGGGCGGCGCGGGCAGCUCUGGAGGCGCUGGAGGAGCGGGCGGCGCGGAGGGCGCGGAGGGCGCGGGCUGGCGGCCGCUGUACGUGCAGCGCGGCGCGGAGGGCGCGGGCUGGUGGCGCGCGCAGACGCUGGAGUUCCACUCGCGCGCGGGGCGGGU